UUCAACGGGUCACAGAAUGGUGAGAAAUAUUGAAAUUUACAACGAGCCGUAUCGACUAUCUCUAACAUUUAAAAAACCGGCUCAGAUAUUUCUAUUGAAUAACAAAGACAUACCAGAGACUAUAUCUCCAGUACCACGUUACUCAAUUUUCGAUGAAAACACCCAAUUGAAUUUGGAAUUUACAAUUAUACCGACCAUCAAUGAUCCCAGUCUAAUUGGAUUGGAUUCAAGUGUAACAAAAUGUCUACAAUCGAAUCCAGCUAAAGUGUUUGGCAAUAAGACCUAUUCGUAUCACAGUUACCCGGGCUGCAUUACCGAUUGCCUGUACAUUCAUCAGGCGAAAAAGUGUGGUUGCAUUAAUUUAUAUCAUCAUUUACCAAAAGUACCAUACUGCAACCUAUCCCAGUAUGCUUGCCUGGAAGAACAUGGCUUCAUCAACCCUGUGUCAAUGAGGCCUAUAAAGCAUCCAUUUUGUGGUCAUUGCAUAACGAAUUGUGAGGAUUCCGAUUAUGUUGUGGAAAAUCUGUAUUACAAUACGGAUAACACUUUGGAGGGAAAACGUUCAUUAGAACUUAUCCUUUUGAAUUUUCCCACAAAACACCGUAGACGUCAGGUCAUCCGGCAAUCGGAGGAUAUAUUGGUAUCGCUCAGUGGUAUUCUAUGCCUAUGUUUGGGCCUCAAUGUGGUUAAUAUAAUAGAAUUUUUGUAUUUGUGCGGACGUGCAUGUGUUCGGUAUCGACAGCUAGCAAACACACACAGCCGCACGAACAAACAAACGAAUGCACGGCUGGAUGAUUGUGACCGGUGGCAACCAGUUAAAGAAACAAAUUGUGGAUAAAAUGUCUGCAAUGGAGAUGGGGGUAAUCAAGUUGUCGCCUUGCAGGCCCCUGUAGAAGUAACAAAAAAGAGGAACGUCUAACAACAAUGGCAGAGCAACUAAAAACUUAAACUAACAUAUAAUUCAAUGUUUCCGGUUCCAGAAUCAAAAUGUGCACACACACACGAAUUGGUAGGUAGGUAGGUAGGCCCAUGUGUGAAUGCCCGAAAUGCUUGCGAGUCUUUUGUAUCGAAAGGAUAACGUCAAGGAAGGAAGGAACAUGGAAAGAAAAGGAAAAAAUCCCAGGCCAA